AUUAGUGCGAAAUAUUUUACGAACACUGGCCCUGUUUUGAUGAUAAAUGUUACACUAUCAAAUUUUCCUUUGCAAACAAUACUGCAAACCGAUUUCGUUAAUUUCAACAAAACUUUGUUUUAUUAUGGGAAUGCCUGCAUCAUCGACCAGAGAGGACAAAAAAUUGAAGAUUUUUUGAAAUAUGUUGCCACAACCCUCCACUGGAAGCCACAAGCUAAGUACAUUAUUAUAUCCGACGAAAAUCCUCAAGAAAUUUUCAAAUGUUUAUCUCCUCACUUUGUAAUAAAUGUCAUUGUACUUUACCCCAAGUCAUCAAAAAUGGUUGAAAUUUACAGUUACAAUUUAUUUGGAGAAAAUGGAGAAAUUCUUUAUCCUGUCUCAAAAUUACUGGAUGUAUGUAUUGAAGGUGUUUUACAAGAGAAUAUCGAUUUAUUUCCAAAUAAGCUUCCAAAGAAUUGGAGCAAAAUGGAAGUCAGAGCCGAUGAAGUUACUUUUCUAGUAAAACCAUUCAAAGGCCGAAGUGCACUCGAAGAAGUAAUGAAUAUAAUUGCGAAAAAGACGAAAUAUACCUUAACAUACGUCGAUCUGAAACCAAACCGUUCCUAUUUCUUCCACAGAGAGCUGCUAAGCAAUUGUCAAAUACAUAUGGCCUUCACUGACAAUUUGCAGUUGUUAGAUCAAGUUUAUCCACACACAACCGAUCGCCUGUUUAUGACUCAUUUGACUGUUUACAUGACGACACGAUCUUUCGACAGACAACUAGAUACAAUAGAAGAUCUUGUCAAAAGCGGACUCAAAAUCGGGAUUCGAGAAGGGGUUUCAGAUAUCGACUUAUUUCAAAGUAAUAGUUCAAUAGACAACUACAUUAGAAUGAACCAUUACACAUGCCACAACUUUGAGCAAUGCCUUGGUUGGAUUGCCGAUGAGAAAAAUGUGACGUGUUUAGCAAUGAUCCACCGCUUAGUACCCCAAGAACAGAAACCUUAUUUCUACUAG